UCGGCGCGCGUAUUGGCUCCUUGGGCUGCGGGCCGGCUAGGCGACGCGCUCUCCUCGGAGCCGCUCACUGCAUGGUAGAGUGUGGUGCCCCCGCCGCCGCCUGCAUCGCUGCCGCCGCCCCACGACGACCACCUCCGCCCCCUGCCCUGCAUCCGCCGCUGCCGCCUGUGUCGCCGCCGCCUCGGGACCGGCUGUAUGAUUAGGCCACAAUCUUCAAUGAGUAAACAUAUUCCUCAGUUCUGUGGUGUUCUUGGUCACACAUUUAUGGAGUUUCUGAAGGGCAGUGGAGACUACUGCCAGGCACAGCACGACCUCUAUGCAGACAAGUGAACU